CAAACAAGUCCUAACACUGAUCUACAGUCGUGUAGACGUGUACCAAAACAGUUUUGAAUUGUUAUUGAUAACGUUAAAAGUAUGCUGUGCCCGUCGCUACUCAUCCUCGUCUCCAGCCUGGUGAUGACCAGCUGCGACGUCAUCCACCUGGAAGGCAGGAGCACGGAGCCGCCACCGAAGCCCUACGUGUUCUCGUACACGGCCGGCAGGUUCCCGGGGCACGCUGACAGACAACAUACAGAAGUCAGCGAUGGCAGCGGUGUUGUGAGAGGAACGUUCUCGUACGUGGACCCCCGUCAGAAGGUCCGCACUGUGGACUACGUGGCCGACAAGGAGGGCUUCCAUCCGGUGCUGAGCGAGCAGCCCCCGGAGCACCCGGCCGACUCGGACUCCGUGGCGAGGGCUAAGGACAAACACUAUCAGCUCUACGCCAAGAUAGCUGAGGAACACGCUCAGCAUCCGCAUCCAGUUGACGCCUCAUCGCCUCGCCAAUCAGAAGCCGUCGCUCUAGCCGCCGCUAAGCACGCCCAGCUGUUCAGGGUCAUAGCUGAGCAGCACGCGAGGAUAGCGGCAGAAAGAGAGGCCCUCCAGAGAGAAGAGGAAGAGAAGAACUUACAGGAUUUAGGUCAUUAGCUGCCAAAGAUAACGCUUAAGUCAGAAUAAUGAUUAACAGUUUAUGUACUUCUGAGCAACAAUAGUGGCCAAUGACUAUGAUUUGAUGAGACAUGUCCUUUUAUGAUGAAGUAUUCAAAUAUUUUCAUUAAUGACAAGGAUUUUGCAGUAAAAGUAGUACUUGUGUUCUAUGUUUUUCAUAAUUAUUUUAUCAUUGUGACCAUACGACUUGACAUACAUAAAAUCACGCCUCUUUCCCGGAGGAGUAGGCAGAUACUACCUCUUUCCACUUGCCACGAUCUCUGCAUACUUCCUUCGCUUCAUCCACAUUCAUAACUCUCUUCAUGCAAGCUCGGCGGUUUCGGGUACUAUUGACCUGACCCUUUACCAGGACGUCCUUAAUUUGAUCAAGAUACGUUCGUCUAGGUCUUCCCACUCCAACCUUACAUACCAUACGACUUGAUAUUGUACCGAAAUACGCGUCCACAGAUUAUGUGUAAACUGUGUAAGUGUCUGUACUUAAAAAAUCCUUUUUCGUAAUCUAACUCGCAUGUUAACCUUGCUAAUUAUUUUGUGUAAUGAUUUUUUGGGGGCGAGUGCCAUAAAAAUUUAGUUACAAAAAAUUUUAGAAAUUGUUACCAGUUCAAUUAUUUCUGAGAUGCGUUUGAUUUAAUUCAUCUUCAAUUCAAGUAAGUAGUACGAGUAUCAUGAUCUUAAAUUCAAGUAGUUCUCUAAAGUUUCUACCAGUUUUAAUAACUUCUAGUGAUAUCAUUAUUUCUAAUUUCGAAAACAAAUUUUUAUUCAAUAUGUAAAUUUCUAGAAAUAUUUAUGUUAUAUGAAUAUUGUGUAAGUAUUGAUUAUAAUAUUGUAUGUUUCCAAAGUUACCAUGAAAAUACUCUAAAAUGCCAUUAAAUUUUAAUUUUAAGUGUGUAGAGUAACUUCCGUUAAGUUUUGUACAUUUGUAUAAAAAAUAAUAAAAUGAAAAUCACAUCGAAAUAAAUGUUUAAACAUGUAUUUUUUCUUUAUUUACUUAUAUUGUAAUGGGGUGAAAAAAAGUUGAAAACUGAAAAGUGCUGGUCCUAGUGAGGCCUUGCACCUCCGAAGAAUUUUGUAACUCUUCUUGAAAUAAUUUUAUUUGGAACAGCUAGUGGAUUAUCUUUAGAAUAUUUCAUCCGACCGAGGUUUAAUCAAAACCUAAUUUUGAUAUUGUUAAGUGUUAGCUUGUUUAAUACGUCAUGACAUUCAAUCAUUCAUUUACAUUCAAUCUCGUUCAUUCUUCAAUUCAAUCACUUCGUCUGAAAGAAUGCCGGGUGGCUCAGCGAUCCGGCACGACAGUCUUGUUCGAGACGUGAAACAGAGCGAACGUGGAUACAAAUUUGGCAAUUUGUCAAUAAGCUGAUAAUUUGUGAUUGUGAAUACUUUAAAAUAAAAUUAUUCCUGAUUAAUAAUAAUAAUGUAAGUAUAUAGUUUUCUCUUUUUUUGUAUUAAGAAAUGUUAAGAUCAUUUUAAAGGUAAGAAAUAGUUUCAAACUGAUAUUUGAUU